UUUGAAUUAAGUCUCUUUUCCUCUUAAAAAAGAUAUGAAAAAAAUAUUAUUAUUGCUGGGCUGCUUCGUUAAUAAAUUGAACAAGAUAACUCUUAUUUUGAAAACGUAACCGGGAUGUUCAUAACAAGUUCCUCCGACUCGAAAGCAAACAGCCCUAACAGGCAAAGAGGAACUAGAUUUUCUAAUGUCUGCUCUGACACCCACUUCAGACAAAUCUCUUCUUUUGCAACAGCAAAAAUCACCUGAAUUGUUUGAGGUGAAACGCUGUCAUGAAUGCAUUACUACUGACUGUGAUUUUCCUGUUUCAAAAUUAUGGUCAAAGUUUUUGCCAAAAUGGAACCAGGCCUAACAUUGUCAUGGUGAUGAGUGAUGCAUUUGAUGGGCGUUUGACCUUUGAUCCUGGCAGCAGAGUUGUACACCUGCCAUAUAUAAACUACCUCAGGGAGCUCGGUUCUGUCUUCCUCAGUGCCUACACCAAUUCUCCUAUCUGCUGCCCUUCACGAGCAGCGAUGUGGAGUGGUCAGUUUGUUCACCUCACUCAGUCAUGGAACAACUACAAGUGCCUAGAUGCAAAUGCAACCACAUGGAUGGAUUUUCUGGAGGCGAAUGGAUAUCUCACCAAGAUGAUGGGAAAGCUGGACUAUACUUCAGGGAGCCACUCCGUCAGUAACCGGGUUGAGGCCUGGACACGAGAUGUUGAGUUCCUCCUGCGCCAAGAGGGCCGGCCAGUUACGCAACUUGUUGGGAACAUGUCAACAGUAAGGAUCAUGAGACAAGACUGGAAAAACACAGACAAGGCCACACAGUGGAUCCACCAAACAGCUGCAUCCUCACACCAGCCCUUUGCUCUUUAUCUUGGCCUCAAUUUACCUCACCCCUACAAAACCGAAUCCCUUGGGCCCACUGCAGGAGGAUCCACCUUUCUUACCUCACCAUACUGGCUCACAAAGGUGUCCUCUGAGCUCAUCUCUGUUCCCAAAUGGCUGCCCAUGGCUGCCAUGCACCCUGUUGACUACUACUCCACCUUCACCAAAAACUGCAGUGGUGAUUUCACUGAGGAUGAAAUCAAAAGCAUUCGGGCCUUCUAUUAUGCCAUGUGUGCUGAAGCAGAUGCCAUGCUGGGUCAGGUGAUUUCAGCUCUGAGAGAAACCGGGCUGCUUAACAACACUGUUGUGAUAUUUACGGCUGACCAUGGAGAGCUAGCCAUGGAGCACCGGCAGUUCUAUAAGAUGUCAAUGUUUGAGGGCAGUUCCCAUGUUCCCCUGCUGAUCAUGGGGCCUGGGCUGAUGUCUGGCCUACAGGUCAACCAGCUUGUGUCUUUGGUUGAUCUCUACCCCACUGUGCUGGACAUUGCUCGUAUUUCAGCAGUAGGUAAUCUCAGUGGCCACUCCCUCCUUCCGCUGCUGUCCAAGUCCAGUGCCUCUUCCAAGACGCAACAUCCAGACUGGGCACUGAGUGAAUAUCAUGGUUGUAAUGUCAAUGCCUCUACAUACAUGCUGAGAAGUGGUAGGUGGAAGUACAUCACCUAUGCAGAUGGACUGAGUGUCCCUCCUCAGCUUUUUGACCUUAGACGGGACAAGGAAGAACUUAACAAUGUGGUUCUCAAAUUCCCAGAUGUGCAGGUGCAUCUGGACAAGCUAUUGCGCAGCAUUGUGGACUAUCCAAAAGUCUCUACAACUGUUCAUCUCUAUAAUAAAAAAGCAUUUGGUGCCUGGCAAGAUAGUCUGGGAAGGAACUACAGCCAGAUCAUAGCAAAUCUCAGGUGGCAUGUAGAUUGGCAAAAAGAUGUGUUAGCCAAUGAGAGAGCUAUUGACAGGUGGCUUUAUGGCUCUUCAUGAUAUUUUUACUGUUAUAAUGAUGACUAUGACUAAGGUGUGUACUAUUUUAUGAGCUGGACUUGCACUUUGAUUAUAGUACAUUAAAUUCCUUCCAUUAUUCAUUUCAUCCUUAAUUCUUUCUUGGAAAUAAAUACAAAAUAUUU